GUUUUCCAUGUCAAAAGAAGGUGGACUGAACAGAGCAGAGGAGUGAGCAGCUGACUGACGCUUCAAGAGUUCACGUCUGCAAUCACGAAAACGACCCAAACAGUCAGAGGAAUGGAGUGUUGCUCUCUGCUGCACUAGCUGCUCUUUAAUUGGCUGAGCUCUGAAAUCACCAUCAUGGCUCACUUGUUCCUUGCCAGUAAGAUCACCAUGCCGGAUGACCUCUAUGCCAAAGGGGGUGGCAGGAUUCCAAGGAAUGCCGUAAGGAUACCGACAUCCAUCUCUGCAGAAAGGCUGAGCCGGGAGAAGACCAGGAAGGACAGUGCUGUCAUCGUGACAACUCGUAUCCCACACGUCAAUGAGGUCCAGCUGGCAGCAGCGACUGGUGGUGCAGAGAUGUCUUGCUACCGCUGCAUUGUGCCAUUUGGCGUGUUUGUUCUCAUCGCCGGCAUUGUGGUGACGGUGGUGGCAUAUACCUUCAACUCUCAUGGGUCCACCAUCUCCCUGCUGGGACUGGUGUUGCUGUCUGCGGGGCUGGGUCUACUUGGAUCCAGUGCCAUCUGUUGGAGGCUUCGACUGAGGGGGAAGAAGGACAAACGAAGGGAGAGUCAGACCGCCCUCAUGGUCAGCCAGGGUUACUGCAUGCCCUGAUCUGUAAAGAGCUCAUAACCACUGUCCUUCAGGCUCAAUGACUCUAAAAGGAGGAAGAGGUACCUCAGUGGACACCAGACUUUCUUUGAUGACUAAAACUUAGCUCCUGAAAGCAGACAGAAUUUUUGUUGGUCUCUGAACCAAAACGUAUAAACUUUUAUUGAAUCUAACCUAAUGUAACCAAAUAUCUCAGAAUGUCGGUUUAACAAAACUACCAAAACUGAAAAAAUUCUAGGAAUUUACGAUGACAAAAGAUGAUAAAACCUCAAAAUAAGUGAAAAGCUUAUACAUUAUUGACCAACUAACCACUGAGGGUAAUUGUGUGAAGGCUCCUUUAAAAAGACGACAGUGAUUUUAAAACAAACACGACAUGAGAUCGCUUUGAUCUGACUGGGAAUGUAUAGUUUCUGCCUGUAUGUUGAUAAUAAGCUAUAAACACGGUUAGAAUGGUACUCUACUGUAUGUAUGUUGAGCAGCAUUUAGUUUCUCUUUGGAUUGGAAUCAUUUGUGACCUCUGUUCAUUCCUCAGGGAUUCUAUCACUCUGCUUUGGAAAUGUUUCAUUUAAACUCAAAGUAAAUUCAGAGAAGUUGUUGAAGAACAUUCUGAUGGAUCCAAAAUAAACAAAUUGUUCCUCCA